AAAAAAAAUAUUAUUCUAUUUUACAUUUCUAGACUUGUGAUUAAAGUUGAUGACACAGAUUUAGCUGAUUAAUUAAUGGGUUACUCAUUAUUUACUUGAUAAGUAGGUAAAGGUAUUGUAUUUUAAAUAAUUGAACAACUUAUUAAUUUGUUUAUUAUUUUACCUUUGUGUCACUCGUGUUCUAAUACGAAACACCUGCAUUUGCAUAGUUGUUUGGGUUUGGAAGCUGAGAUAAUUGCAAUGCAAUUACAAAGCACUCAGGCAUAACGCCUUCUAGGUCCUCAGUAUUAAAAACGUAUCAGAAAUACUAUGGGCGUCAUAAUGUAUUUUGUGAUGUCCAUGAUGUUGUUUACGUCUAUUGGCGAUACUUACCAUUUUUUAUAUUAGCCUGCUUGUAAUUUCAAAUUACACAAAAUUAAAAUAUUAUUUUUAAUUUAUUAUUAUUUUUCUCAUAUAUAUUUUAGUAAUUAGAUAUUAACUAAAUAUAUGUAUCUAUUAUGUAUUUUACUAACAAUAUAAAGUCAUUAAUGUAGUUUAUUAAGUUUUAAAUAUCAAAAAGUACUUAAUUUCAACUCGGCACUUUAUGGUUAAGUUUGUCAGGACUUAUUAUGUUCAUGCUAUAGAUAUGUCAUGGAUUAGUUCAUUAAUUUAUAAUUUAAGUUGCAGACACCAAUUUAAGAAUUAUAUAUACAAUUGGAAGACUUCUAAAUUAGGUGCAAUUUUAUUUAAGAACGAAAGGUAUGGAGUCGCUAGAGAAAAUAUAACAUUUGUUGUAUUGAUAUGGAAAUACUGGGACUGGUUGAAAGGAAGACACAUUCACAACUACAAUUCUAAAAGGAAUGAUCCACUUGAAUACUGUAGUGUGAAGAAUUGCAAAUUCACAGGAGAUAAUGAUCAAAUAAAUACAGCUGAUGCUGUAGUAGUGCAUAUUCAACAUGGCUUAAUACCAAAUAUUAAAAAUAGGAAUCCUAAUCAAAGAUGGAUAUUUCUGAGUGACGAGUCACCAUUAUAUUCAUUUUCCAUGGCCAAAGUUAAACCAAAGUUUUCAGAUUGGGCAAAUGUUUUCAAUUGGUCCAUGACUUACAGAGUUGAUGCUGAUAUUCCGGUACCGUAUGGACGCACUGUACCGUUGGAGGAAUCGCUGAUGCCUGACUUGAUGUAUCAGACUAUAGCGGAAUAUGUUCCUAACUGGAAGGAGAAAAGCCGGGAUGUACUAGCUGCUAUUCUUAUUUCUAACUGUGUUUCAUGGAGAAUGAAUUAUUUGAAUGUGUUGCAAAAUUAUAUGGAUAUUGAUAUUCAUGGCAUGUGUUCAGAAUCAAAUAAAAAUAGUUGUCCAGGUCACUUUAGAUCUGAUUGCGGUGUGUUAUCGAAAUAUUUUUUUUAUUUGUCAUUUGAAAAUUCAAUUUGCUCUCAAUACAUGACUGAGAAACUUUUUCAAAAUGCUUACACCAAAGGCGCUAUUCCAGUCAUAAUGGGGCCAUCAAAUGAUGAUUGCAAGAAAUUCUUACCACCCAAAUCGUACAUAUACGUUGACGAUUUUGAUACCCCAGAGAAACUGGCAAAGGAACUUAUAAAUAUUAGUAAAAACAAUGAAACAUUGCUCACGUAUCAUCAGUGGAGAAAUAAUUUUAAAGUUGUAAACGAACACGGAUAUUUCGGCUCGAAAUCGUAUCACUAUUGCAGAGUGUGUGAGGCGUUAAAUUAUAAUGACGAUUCGCCAAGUGUCUAUGAUGAGAACAGUCUAAGAUCUUUUUUGGAUCCAAAGAUAACGUGUAAAAAAUGAAAAUGUAUUGUAAAUUAAAUAUAUUGUAUAAUUUAAAAUAUAUUGAAAAGCCAGGCUUUUUCCCUAAAACAUUUUAUAGUAAUAUUAUUGAAUACUCUACUGCUGGACAAGGGAUUCGCACCUUACAAUAAAGAUAUUAGCCUACUAUGUCAGCCAGACAGCUUGUUUUAGGGUUUAGAGGAUCGGAUUAUGAUUUAUGGUUAAAAAAAUGACCUAAUUAAUUAUAUAUUGAAAGAAUAUUAUUAAAUUGCAAGAAACCAGUAUAAA